ACAAACUGCCAAUGGGAGUCCCCAAUUCUUAACCCAUUUUCAUAUCUUCCCUUCAAAGAUGUCCUCUCAAAACUCAAGCUACUCUUCUCCUCCACAACUUCUCUCUCUCUCUCUCUCUCUCUCUCUCUCUCUGUUUCUGUGGUCAACAACUGCAAUGUAAUGUAGGAAAAGAAAAACCCUAAUUAAUGGACACUGAGCUUUCUUCCCAACCAAACACCUAUUCCUUCUUCCUCUUCUUUCCUCACGUCACUUCCGGCGUUCGCUUCCUCCAAUGGCGGUUGUUGUAUUUCCGCUCUGUCUCUCCUCGCCGUCACCCUGCCCUUCGUGUCCUUCGCGAACCGGACUCCGCCGUCCACCGCGUGCUGUCGCGUCAAUGUCGUCGUCGAACGCUGGUGGUGCCUGCAGUUCUUUGGUUCAAGCACGACCUUCGGGUCGACGAUCACCCUGGACUUGCGGCUGCCGCCGCCUGUCGGACCGUCGUUCCUCUCUAUGUCUUCGAUCGCCGAAUUCUCUCCCGCUUUUCUGAUGAAAUGCUAGAACUGCUUCUUUUUGCUGUGGUGGAUUUAAGAAAGUCAUUGAAGGAUCUGGGGUCUGAUCUGAUGAUCAGGUUUGGGAUGGCAGAAAGCAUCAUACAAGAUCUUGUCAAAGAGGUUCAUGCUACACAUGUAUUUGCUGAAGAGGAGGUAGAGUAUGAAUUACGUAGAACGAUUGAUGUUGUGAGAGAGACCUUGGCAACAGUCUCCUUUUCAGAGGGGAAUCCAAGAUUUGUGCUUUGGAAUGCUCCGCUUUAUGACCUCAAGAACUUGAAGGAACUGCCAGCAUCAUAUGACGAGUUUAAGAAAUUAAAGUUUCCUGUAAUUUCACCUCUCUUUCCCUCAAAGCUGCCAAAUUUAGAAGUAGACUUGAUUUGGGGUUCCAUGCCCACACUGGAUGAUUUGAAUAAAUUUAUGAAUGAUUUUCGGGGUGAAUCAAAAGAUAGAUGGAUGUCAAUCAAGGAAAUCUCAGCUGAAUCUGUAUUGCAGAAGAAUCAAUUUGUACCACCAAAUAAUCAGAAUGAAAAGUUGGGGACAUCCGCAUCUGGAGAAAUCAAUUGGAAUAACUCUUAUAAGCAUUCCCAAAGUGAGAGACCGAAAUCUGUUUUUGUAACACAAAGAGGCAAUUCAGUGGGAGGUGGGACUACUACAGUUUUGAAUGGGUUAGCUGCAUAUUUAAGAUACUUGGAGGGUACUGUCAGAGAUGACUGGCAAGAGGUACAUGAAAAAUUGCGCAAUGCUGAAAGUCGUGAAGGAGCUUCUUUUGGUACUCUCUUUGGCUCUGCCCUCUGCCUUGGUAUCAUAUCUAGAAGGAGAGCAUAUUAUGAAGCUAUUAAAUAUGAGAAAGAAAGAAAUGCUGGAUUUCUAUCUCCAUUUGGAUAUUCAGCAGCUACAGUUGCUGCAGUAGCUGAUACAGUCUGCUCUAUGGAGUGGUAUUGGCUUACGGCUUCAAAAAGCCAGUUAAUAGAUAAAGGUACUUACACCAUUCAAAUAUGGAGAUGGAAAGGCUUUCUAAUUCAGUAUACAGUUGUUGGCCAUGAAGGUCCUGCUGUUCUUCUAGUGCAUGGCUUUGCUGCUUUCUUGGAACAUUACCGUGACAACAUAACUGGUAUAGCUGAAGGUGGUAACCGAGUUUGGGCCCUCACUCUUUUGGGAUUUGGCAGAUCAGAAAAACCUAACAUUGUGUACACGGAAAUCAUUUGGGCUGAAUUGCUGAGGGACUUCAUCAUUGAAGUUGUGGGGGAACCGGUGCAUCUUGUUGGGAAUUCAUUAGGCGGAUAUUUUGUUGCAAUUGUUGCUGGCCUCUGGCCUGCUGUGGCAAAGUCUGUUGUCCUUAUUAACAGCGCUGGUGAUGUUGUUCCUCAAUAUUCUCUGGUACCACUUUCUAAAGAUAGGCAAAAUUCGCCAGUUGCAUGGCUGGGUGCUAGACUGCUUUUACUCUUCUUGCGGUUGAGACUCAAGGACUUAUUGAAGAGCUACUAUCCAACUCGAGAAGAACGAGUUGAUGAUUGGCUUAUUAGUGAAAUGACACGAGCUUCAGGUGAUCCGGGUGCGGUAGUGGUUAUCGAAAGCAUAUUCUCCUUCAAUCUUUCUAUCCCUCUUAACCGUCUCCUGGAAGGAUUUGAGAACCGGGUUCUUGUUAUACAGGGAAUGAAAGACCCAAUCACUGAUUCAAAGUCAAAACUAGCCUUGCUGAAGGAGCAUUGUAAAGGAAUCUUAAUCAGGGAACUGGAUGCUGGCCAUUGUCCUCAUGACGAGCUGCCAGAAGAAGUGAAUUCUAUUAUACAAGAAUGGGUAGUUUCUGUGGGAGGUAAAAUACUAUCCGCUGACAGAAGAUAAAAAUUCUCUUUCAACCACCUUCCAUUCCCUUUCUGCAUUGUAAAGCGCAUUUAAAUUGUUUGGUCUAUCCGAACAUCUGAUUCUUUAAUUAAACCCUGUAAUUAUUCACUCAAUUCAUUUGUUAAAAGGGGGAAUCUAAGUGAUUAAUUGAUGA